UUCCCUCCCACUCACCCACCCUCCCCAUGCUUCCCAUCGCCCCUCCCCGCCCGACCUUGAGGCGAAUUGGCUCCCGUGCAGCCGCCGGUACCGAGCGCACGCCUUCAGCCCCAGCGAAGCCCCUCGCCGCCGGGCCGGACGGAGGGGGACGCUGCCGGCCAGGCUGCGCUUUGCUGCAACCACGUGCCAUUCGCAGCCUGCCUGUCACACAACAACAAGGAAGGCUUCGGGGGAAGCUGCGCCCCUUGGAUCGCCCUGGGGAGAGCCACUUUCCCGAUCCAGGCUGGUUGCAACAAUGGAAGAAAAUAGCCUGGGCACCCUGCAACAGAGGGCAGCUGAGCUGGAGUGCAUGGCGGAGGUUCUUCUGACAGGGGAACAACUAAGGCUCAGGCUGCAUGAAGAAAAAAUUAUUAAGGACCGAAGACACCACCUGAAGACUUACCCAAACUGUUUUGUUGCCAAAGAAUUGAUUGACUGGCUGAUUGAUCACAAAGAGGCCUUUGACAGGGAGACAGCAAUUAAACUUGUGCAGAAGCUACUGGAUCGUAGCAUUAUCCAUCAUGUUUGUGAUGAGCAUAAAGAAUUCAAGGAUCUCAAACUUUUCUACCGCUUUAGGAAAGACGAUGGGACAUUCCCACUAGACAACGAAGUGAAGGCUUUCAUGAGAGGACAGAGAAUAUAUGAAAAGCUUAUGAAUACUGAAAAUGUAAUUUUACAAGCCAGAGAAGAAGAAGGAGCAAAAUAUGAACGUACUUUCAUGGCCUCUCAACUGAUUGACUGGUUGAUCCAGGAAGGGGAGGCUGCCACAAGAACAGAGGCUGAACAACUCGGUCGCAGACUUCUGGAGCAUGGAAUUAUCCAACAUGUGUCCAACAAACACCAUUUUAUGGAUAGCAACCUGCUCUAUCAGUUCCGGAUGAAUUUCCGCCGCAGGAGAAGACUGAUGGAACUGCUUACCGAGAAGUCUCACUUGGUGCCCGAGAGCCAUGAUAGUCCCUUUUGCCUGCGGAAGCAAAAUCAUGACCCCAAAAAACAUGCCACUUUCCUCUCAGUGAGCCCCAGCAAGGAGAUCAAGAUUGUCUCUGCGGUCAGACGGAGUAGCAUGAGCAGCUGUGGCAGCAGCGGGUACUUCAGCAGCAGCCCGACCCUCGGCAGCAGCCCACCUGUCCUCUGCAACCCAAAAUCUGUACUAAAAAGAACAGUGACUCCUGAGGAACUUCUGAGGCCUGGGGCUCCUUAUGCUCGGAAAACAUUCACUAUUAUAGGUGAUGCUGUUGGGUGGGGAUUUGUGGUGCGAGGGACUAAGCCCUGCCACGUGCAAGCAGUGGAUCCCAGUGGGCCAGCAGCUGCAUCGGGAAUGAAGGUUUGUCAGUUUGUGAUUUCAGUGAAUGGGCUCAACGUUCUCCAUGCAGAUUACAGGACUGUGAGCAACCUCAUCUUAACCGGUCCACGGACCAUCGUCAUGGAAGUGAUGGAAGAAAUCGAGCCUUGAGAUGGAUGUUUGACCUGCUGCUCCACCAUUGUGGAUUCAGACACUGAGCAAACAAAACCAACAUUACAUAAGGGGAUAAAAGCAUACUUUUUCUCAGAGAUCAAUUUUGCCUUCUAAGUACUUUCCUCCCCUCUUUCAUAAUAGAGUCUUCAAUGGAUGUAGUCUAAGACCAUGGGUAUGCAUUGGUGAGUCUAAACUAGAGAAGCACAAAUCAGCUUGUACCACACAAAGGAACUGUUGCACAUCCAAGUCACAGCAAGCUUAGAUAGUCAAUCCAAUGGAUGAGCAAGAUCCAAUGCAGCUGUGAAAUCUCUCCUUAGGAAUCAUGUUUGUGCCAAGCUCUUCAAUGUUGUCUUGUUUUUCUUUUAAUUUGUGUUUUAAUUUGUAACUGUAUAGAAUGAGCCCAGUUUUUCCACUGUAAUAUCUCCAGACAUAUUAUAAGCCACAACUUUCAGAAUUCCUAGCCAGCAGAAACAAUAGCUGAACUGGCUGAGAAUUCAAGAAGUCAGUGUCCAAUUUGUGGAACAUAUCCAGAUACUAGCUUUGAUUUUAAGGAUCUGGUAACAAUUUCAGUUCAAAUGUACAGCUAGACGUAAACUUUUAUUUUAAAAUAAGGAUUGUUACAAAUUUGGUACUAAGAAAGACCCAGUUCUAUUUCCUGGACAAAUUAUGGAACAGGAAGCAAGUGGACAUUUUAUACAUGCUGUCUUUGCAUAAUUAAGUCUGUUCUGUAACUUGGCUAAUCUUGAAAAGCUAAACCAGUUAGAUCUGGUGAGGUCUUUAAUAGGGGAUCACUAGCAAAUCCUGUGUCUUAAGUUUUAGACUGGGAAGUUGAGAAACUAUCCCAAAAGAAAUGAUGGUAAAUUACUUUCAUAUUGUUGCCAA